UCUGCAAUUUACGUCUGUUCCCGGCCGGCGAAAAAAAUGCCAUCGGAGCUGCUCCCAUUUCUAUGUGCUUCGAUUCUUCCGAAGCAAAGAUGUUUGGUGCCUCUGAAUCCAUUAUAUCUUCCAAUUAUGACGCAGAUAGUGGUAUUUGGCGACUCCAUGGCUUUCUAGUCCUCAUCUUCAGACUGCUUUUCUGGGCUUCCUAGGGAGGCAUCCCGAAUUCAGCUAUAAACGAGAACUUUAUCAUGCGCCUGAUGGAGGAACAAUUGCCCUGGAUUGGCUGAGAAAUUCUGAUGAUAUUCAGUCAUUUCACUGAAAGUAACAGAAGAAGGUGACAAAUUCCUAGCUGUUCCAAUAAGGGCCCUAUAUUUGGAUAAUAACAAGAGAGCGUGUAGCGUCAAACAUGUCAAGUUGUUUAUUUGAAGUGGUGCUAUCCAAUGAAACAACUACAAACCCAUACAAGUUAUGGGAAUUGACCCCCAUGCAAAUGAUGCUGUACUUCUCAAUAAGAAAAACCCUAUUGUGAUAGCGGUUCCUAGCAUUACAAGUGAUUCCACUUCUUCAUAUAUAAAGCAUUUUGCCUUCAAGAUGGCAAAACACGGGUGGAAUAUUUGUGUCAUCAAUCAUCGGGGUUUCAGUGGUGUACCAAUAACUUCUGAUUGCUUAUAUAAUGGUGGAUGGACGGAAGAUAUUCGUAAAGUCACCGACUAUCUUCACUGUCAAUAUCCAGAAGCUCUUUUGUAUGCUGUUGGAAUUAGCAUUGGUGCUAAUAUUCUGGUCAAAUAUCUUGGAGAGGAUGGGGUUAAUGUUCACAUUGUUGGGGCUGCAGCUAUCUGCUCUCCUUGGGAUCUUCUGGUAGGUGAUAGGUUCCUACAACGCAGAUUUGUACAGAAAUUAUAUCACAAAGAGAUAACAAAUUCGGUGAAACGUUAUGCAGAAUGGCAUCAACCUGUCUUCUCUCGCCUUGCAGAUUGGGAAGGCAUCAGAAAGUCGCGUUCACUUCGAGACUUUGACCGCUAUGCUACAUGCCCGAUUGGAAAAUUUAAGACUCCAGAUACAUAUUAUAGGCAAUCUAGCAGUGCAAAUUUUGUGGGAAGUGUAGCUGUGCCCCUCCUUUCCAUUAGCGCUCUGGAUGAUCCAGUCUGUUCUGUGGAAGCCAUACCUUGGGAUGAAUGCAGGGAAAAUAAAAAUAUUAUCCUUGCUACUACCCUGCAUGGAGGACAUGUCGCAUAUUAUGAAGGAGCAACUGCCAAUAGCAUGUGGUGGGUAAGAGCUGUUGAUGAAUCCCUUGGCGUUCUGCACUCUAGCCGAUUCAUUGUGAGAAAAAAGGAGAUGUGAGUUUUGGCCUUGUCAGUUGAGUGCUUAACUGACCAGGGCCCCUCAUUGAAUGUCAUGGAAGAUGGGAUGUUUAGGAGAAUGGGAAAUGGGUCCGGCAGUUUUCCCCCAAAGACGCUACUAGCGGUCAAGAUGUUAGCUCGGAUACAGGAAGGAGAGAUCUUACAUGACUGGACAAGCAAAGAAUCAUUUUUUUCUAGAUCCGUAAGUCUUCUAUAUUUUUCUAGACAGCUCAAAUUAUUUUUUAUGAAUGUAAAUGGUGAAAGCAAUAAUAACAAACUAGAGCUGUAUAGAGUGGGGGUUUUCUUGUCCUUCCAACUUUUAUUAUUAUUAUUAUUAUGAAAGAGUGCAGACCCUGUAGGUAACUGCAAAAAAAUUACAC